UGAUUCAUCUGUGAAAAAGGGGGCGUCAGUAAUGCGAUGGCCUGAGAAGAAUAUUGUCGCAGUAUUAUAUAUGCACUAUUUCACUGCUUCACGACAGAAUGGUCUUUAUUUUCUAACAUAAUGACAUACUUUGAAUAAGAGAACCUUGCAAUGGCGUGCCCUUUUCACCAGUCAGCUGAGCUGAACCCCGCGCUGCUGCCGUUGGACUGGCUUCUCGGGGUCUGGGAGUCCGACGAGCCAGGAGAGGGCUCCUUUUCCUCCAUACCACCUUUCCGCUACACCGAGACUCUGCACUUCUCCCAUGUGGGCCAACCAAUCAUCAACUUCAUGUUUAAUGCCUUCCAUGCUGAGAAUAAGAAACCUAUGCACAGGGAAUGUGGCUUCAUCAGAAUGCAACCAGGCGGCAACAGAGUAGCCUUCAUUAUAGCACAGAACUCAGGCCUGGUGGAGAUAGAGGAGGGUGAUCUGACUGGACAGUGUUUAACUCUACACACCCAUGCCCUGGCCAGAACCUCCUUCGCUAAAGAACCCCAUGUACAGCAGAUUUCCAGAGUGUUCCAGCUGAGACCAGAGGGGAAGCUUGAGCAGACGGUCUCCAUGGCGAUGGAGGGUGGGCCACUGAUGCAGCAUUUGCACAUCACCUACCGCCGCUCCUCUUGACCACCGGGAGGUGACGGGGAGUGAUAACAUGCACUAGAUUUAGUUAGACUGUCUUGCUCCUUGUUGCUGAUCUAGGUUAGUGUUGUGUUUUCUCCCCUUGGGGUUUGGGGAGGAUAAACCGAUUUCUAGAUGUGGUAAUUGUACCAAAAGAGAGCUGCUUAUGUAACGUGCAUAGUGGAACAGGUGAUUUGUUGUUCAAAUAAGUGUGUUCAGCCUUUAAUUUAAUGCUACCAUAAUAAAGAUGUCCUUCCCAUAGAGGCUGUAUUGAACCCAAUGGAUCAGUUGAAUAAAAACAAAUGUAACAAAAUGA